AACUCUCCGCUGUCCUCACGACUGUAGUGCUGAAAUCUGCAAGACGCGACAGCAAUGUAACGGCAAUGAAACAAAGACACGGGGAGCCCGACCAACAGAGCGAUAAUGGACGAUGAUUUGUUUCAGUUAAGACAGCUCCCAGUGGUGAAAUUUCGGCGUACAGGUGAAAGCACUCGUUCAGAUGAUGAGUUCGGUGGUAGGGAUGAGUUUCUGCACGUGGAGGGAGGGAGGUCGGAUAUGGAGUCCGUUUCCCUGGCUGAUGUUGCGCCAGUUCCUCGAGAAUUCGCUAAUCCUACCGAUGAUACUUUUAUGAUUGAGGAUGCAGUGGAAGCCAUUGGCUUUGGGAAAUUCCAGUUGAAGUUGUCCAUCCUGACUGGACUUUCAUGGAUGGCAGAUGCCAUGGAGAUGAUGAUUCUCAGUAUACUUGCCCCUCAACUACACUGUGAGUGGGCACUGCCCAGCUUGGAGGUGGCACUGCUGACCUCGGCAGUAUUUAUUGGAAUGAUGAUCAGUUCUUCAUUAUGGGGUAACAUAUCUGAUAAAUACGGCAGAAAAACAGGUUUGAAGAUGAGCGUAUUCUGGACCCUGUUUUAUGGUCUCCUCAGUGCUUUCGCCCCCAUAUACGGAUGGAUUUUGUUCCUCAGAGCUUUGGUGGGCUUCGGUAUCGGAGGGGCUCCGCAAUCAGUUACAUUGUAUGCUGAGUUUCUCCCAAUGCGGUCCAGGGCCACUUGCAUUUUGUUGAUAGAGGUAUUCUGGGCUCUGGGAACAGUAUUUGAAGUACUGCUUGCCAUUUUGGUGAUGCCAACAUUGGGCUGGCGCUGGCUGCUGGCCCUCUCCACAAUUCCACUUUUCAUUUUUGGUAUUCUUUGCUUUUGGCUGCCAGAGAGCGCUCGAUACGACGUCUUGACAGGAAAUCAGGAAAAGGCUUUGAACACACUUAAACGUAUCGCUGCAGAGAACAAGGUCCCAAUGCCACUGGGAAAACUCAUUGUGGCCAGACAGGAGGACAGGGGGAAGAUUCAGGAUCUUUUUUCGCCACAAUUCCGCUGGACCACUGUUCUGCUCUGGUUCAUAUGGUUCUCUAAUGCAUUCUCUUAUUAUGGUGUGGUUUUGCUAACCACCGAGCUUUUCCAGGAGGGAGGAGCAUGUGGUCAGUCGAACGGCAGUAGAAUGGAUCCAGGUUGUAGUUUGGAAUGCAAAUAUCUGAAUUCAGACGAUUACAAAGAUCUUCUCUGGACAACACUCGCUGAGUUUCCAGGUCUGCUUGUCACCCUGUGGGCUAUUGAUCGUUUGGGGAGGAGGAAGACUAUGGCACUGUGUUUUUUCAUCUUCUCCCUCUGCAUUGUGCCACUCUACGGAUGUGUGGGAAGAACUGCUUUGACAGUACUCAUAUUCAUUGCAAGGGCUUUUAUUGCCGGAGGUUUCCAGGCUGCAUACGUGUACACACCUGAGGUGUAUCCUACAGCGACGAGGGCACUGGGUUUAGGAACCAGCAGUGGAAUGGCUCGGGUUGGAGCUCUCAUCACUCCAUUUGUUGCACAGGUGAUGCUUGAAUCAUCCGUGUACUUGACUUUGUCGGUCUACUGUUGCUGCUGUUUGCUGGCCGCUGUUGCGUCCUGUGCCCUUCCUAUAGAAACCACCGGCCGGGGCCUUCAGGAGUCCAGCCACAGGGAGUGGGGUCAGGAGAUGAUGGGACGGGCAUCAGACCACAGCCCCGGUGGGAUUCCCCAUUCCAGCUCUGGAUCACAAGACUAAGGGACACAGUUGGGUUUUGCACUUGGUCUUGAAUGGAUAUAGAGAAUCUUAUUUGUAAAAACAUUGUGUGUCCUAAAAGACACACAUGUUUUAAUAAAUUAGGAGUUGGUCUGCAUUUAAUAUUAUAGACAGCUUGCUCUAUUACAGGUGAGAGGUUUCUUUCAAAGACUCCUCAUCCUCUGAGAAAUGCAGGGGGAUUUUCAUCACAUAAUACUGCAUCAUGCAACUCUCCUAGGAGCUACAACAAGAAAUGGGUUUUGAAUCUAAAACAAUGAUGGCUAUGGGUCUGCAAUAUGCCACAUUAAACAUAAAAUAAUUUACUCUCAUACGUGACACGGUCUGUGAAAACCCAGCUAAAGUUACUUUUUGUGAUCUACGGUUUUCUACAUAAAAUCAUAUCAAACUAAAUAAUGUAAAGGACAUGCUGUGAAAUAUAACCUUGAUAUAUUUAAUAUUGACUGAGUAAGGCCAUCAAUACAUUAUGAUAGUUUAACAUGGAUUUCACAGACAGGGUCACGUAUGAUCAAAGGUUGGGCAUUUUAAAGGAGAAAAGACUUAAAGAUUUUAAUCUACCUGAAAUCUUCAAACAAUAGCACAAGAAAGAAAGUUUGUUUGUGGGUUACAAUAGCAGUGAGUAGAAAGUGUAGAAUUUAUUGUUAUUUAUAUUUUUGUCAUGAGGAUGGCAUGGCAAUUUUCAUUAAUUUAUUAAAGCAAAGACUGGAUGCUGCUACCAAAACCAGCGCACAAUGCACAAGUUUAUGGUUAAUUUUGUAGUGCUUUUGUUGAAGAAACAUUAGUAUAACGGUAUAUAGGCUAGCUAGUUAGCCAUUCAUAUCACUGUUUCACAGAAAAGGCUUAAGGCUAGACUAAAACACAUACAGUAUGAGCUGUCGUUACUGAAAAAAUGACUUGAACUGACAGAUCCUAAAAUAUACCAGUGCCAUUUGUUUCUCAAGAUACACACCAUUAACAUCUUUUACUAAGGCAUGUUUAUAAAAUAUGCUUAAACAUUUUAAUUUAACUAAGCCCUUGUAUUAGCUAAGCCUUGUCUGUGAAACCAGGCCAUAGUUUCUUUGGCAUUUACUUACAUCAUUCCCUUAUAAUCAGGCUCAUCAAUGGUUACUAGAAUAUUUAUAAUCUUGAAUGUAUAGAUUAUAUCGAAAACCAUCAAAGAAAUCAUAAAACAGGAAAGGUCAAGCAGGUUUAAAAAAAAAGAGGGAGUAAAUAAUAAUAGAAUUUGCAUUUUAAAGUCCAUGUAAAGUCUGAUAUUUAAUGCGUUCUCAGUUUGUGACACCACAGAAAAAUGUGACACCACCCAGCCAAAUGUAAAUAAUUAAAAAGCGUCAAAUAAAAUAAAAGAACGAAAACGGACAGGAUUCUCUGCUCUCAAACGCUGGGGGCGUGUCUGCUGUCUGCGCUGAAACCACGCCCAAAGCUGCCAUGUCUUCUAAUUUAAAGGAUUAGUCCAUUUUCUUAAAAACAAAAAAUCCAGAUAGUUUACUCGCCACAAUGUCAUCCAAAAUGUUAAUGUCUUUCUUUGUUCAGUUGAGAAGAAAUUAUGUUUUUUGAGAAAAACAUAAUUUUUCUCAUUUUAAUGGACCCCAACACUUAACAGUUUUAAUGCAGUUUAAAAUUGUAGUUUCCAAGGACUUUAAACGAUCCCUAACGAGGCAUAAGGGUCUUAUCUAGCGAAACGAUUGUAAUUUUUGGCAAGAAAAAUAAAAAAUAUGUGACAGCGCGACCUCACGUAAUGCGUCAUAACGUCAAGAGGUCACAGAUGACGUAUGCGAAACUACGCCUCAGUGUUUAUAAGCGUGGAGAAAGAGGACCGUUCCGACGUUGUUGUAUGUCAAAUGAUACUAAUUAAUGUCUUUGUGUCAGUUUAUUGUUUAAAAUGGUCUGCAAAUGUGCGUUUCAUACAUGUAACACUUGACCUUUCGACGUCAUCACGCAAUUGCGUGAGGUUGCGCUAGCGCGUCACAGGACCGGAGAUAGACGAGAAGUUGUGGUUUAAAAGUGCAUAUUUUUUAUUUUUCUUGUCAAAAAUGACAAUCAUUUCGCUAGAUAAGACCCUUAUGCCUCGUUUGGGAUCGUUUAGAGUCCUUGAAACUGCAAUUUUAAACUGCAUUAAAACUGUUACGUGUUGGUGUCCAUUAAAAUGAGAAAAAUCCUGGAAUGUUUUCCUCAAAAAACAUAAUUUCUUCUCAACUGAAAAAAGAAAGACAUAACUUUUUGGAUGACAUGGUGGUGAGUAAAUGUUCUGGAUUUUUUUUAAGAACAUGGACUAAUCCUUUAAUAGGCUUGUUUGACUUCAUGCGGCGCCGCAAAACCGACAAGCGGAUGACGUCAAAGUACCGCGAGAGCGAUUCGAGAAAUCAUACGAAGUGUAUUUUCGUCUCGCUCUUGCGGUACUUUGACGUCAUCCGCCUGUCAGUUCUAGCAGCGCCGCAUGAAGUCGAACACGCCUAAUUACAACCUGAAUGGAUGCUCGUGACCGUGUAAGGGGCGGGGCCAUGCUAGGUGGCUCCAGUGUGUCAUCGAGCCACCGUUUUAGCCCCGCCCAAAUAAUCCUGAACACAGACCUGUGGAAAAACUGUUUAACGGUAGUUUACAUCAAUCAAUACAUUUCGAACAUUUGUAAUGACUUUACACUGACUUUAAGUUAACUAUUUCAAAUAAAAGUAAGAUGAUAAAUAAACUUGUUUAUUGUAUUUAUAUAAAGUUGCUUCCAUCAAAACAGGGCUUUGAAAAUUCAAGAACACUUUUGUGUCUUACACAAUGGCAACACCAGACAUUUAUCAAGAAUCUUUUUUUACUUUACCACUCACUGCUAUAUUCGGUUAUUUGUAUUUUUGCCUAUUCAACAGUCAAGUGGAUUUGUGUGUGAUAAGGAUUGGCAGGUCAGGUUGUGAAGUAUGCAGUUGUUUUUGUGUGGCCAGAGCGUCUUUCGCCUGCCUUUGCGAUUUAGUGCUGCAUUUUCUGUCUAUGUGCACAGAUUUCCUGCCACUGCACCGGAUGUACACGUGUAUGAUACAGUAACAAUAAAUUAUGCGUCAAAACAAGAA